AUGGGCCUUCCGCGAGCUCUUCCCGUUGCGGCCGGCGCGCUGGCUCUGAUUGCCACCAUUACGAUUGUCAUCAUCCACGUCGUCCUCGCCGCUCAUAUCGCCGAUGCGGCGCCUGUGCGCACCUCCUCGAUUCUGUCUUCGAUUCUGGAAAGCAUUCUUUUGGUAUUCUUGGGAUGGAUGUUGUCAACCAACUUGGUUGCCAAGUUUAGGAAUUCCUCAAAGCGCUUCAUCAGCGCCAUGUUUGGUGCGAGUGUCCUCGUCUGCACCAUGGCCACUGCUGCGUCGGUAGCCACCAUGAUCUGCCUUAGCAACGCUACGAGGGACCUGGCGGGUACCGUUCUCGGUGCGACCCAGACGAGCUUCCUCAUCGCUUCGUCCGUCGCUCUCGGUCUCUGCUUUGCUUGUCAGCUCAUCUUCAUUGUCAUUCACUUCGUCUUGGCCCGCCUCGUUGCCCGCGACGAGUCUGGUUCCAUGCACUCGGACGAGGAGUCCCAGAGAUCUCCCAACGUCCACAUCAAGUCGGUUCCCUACCACCGUACUUCGCCCACCUUUGACGGCAGGAGCCGGUCCACCUCCAUGGGCUCGCAAAGUCCACCUCAGUCGAGCAGCGGCCAUUCCGCCACCGACACACUGAGCUCGUUCCGCUCCUCGUUGUCCAACGUCGUCCGACCCAUUUCCUCCCGAACCCGCCUGCUCCCUCUGCGGGAGAAGCGUAGGGCAGAGUCGAUUGACUCGAACCACUACCGCUCGCGAUCGAGCAGUGUCAACGAGGAUUCGUCCUUUGACUCGUGGGACACGUCUUCGGUCGACAUGCAGAGCCGCAUGACCGUCCUGGGCACAUCCUCUCCCCCCGGCAGGUUUUUGGAAACGAUCCCUGCCAGCCCUACAACCAGCCGCAGUCCCAGCCCUGGAACGCCGUUGGACCUGGACCUGGAAGCUCCGCGCACUCGUCGUCGGAGCCGCAGCUACAGCCCCAGCCCCAUGGGCACCCUCCGCAACCCUGAGCCUACCUUUACGCUGCAGACUUCUGCCAGCGAGUGCUCUCUGCGUCGUCCCGAGCCCGCCUUUACCAUGCAAGGCUCGGCCAGCGAAUCUCACAUUCACCCCCUAUUCCGGUCUGACUCCCCAGACCCGCCGCCGAUGGUGACACCCGGCACGGUUGUCACCGCGGCGCCAGACGCCGGCCGCGUCAUCUCGGAUCGACACAGCGUCCGCCGCAUGCGCAGUGGCAGUCUGCCCGGAGGCCCUAGCCCCCUCAGCCGCACCAGCAGUUAUGACAACUUUUUCCCCAACGGCCAGCCGCCCGUGAAAGAAGAGAAGGAGGAGCUCCCAUCACCCCAAGAGGAGGACGAAACACUCGGUGAGAGACAGAUGACGCCCCCGAUCCCGGAGUGGAUCCUAACCGCCGGAGCCAGGACGAGCCUAAACGGGUACCAAAGUCGGAAGCUCCGCAUCGACGGGGACGCCGAGCAAGAGCAAUCAUGA